UAAUACAUAUUGCUGUAAACUUUUUAAUUAACAAAAGGAGUUGAAUUCGGCAACACAUUUUUGUGAGGCCGAAAUAGAAUAAAAGAUUUCAAAACGUUCUGCUCAGAAGCAAUACGAAUUAUGGGGUGCGCACAAUCAGCAGAAGAGCGAGCUGCAGCCGCCAGAAGUCGCUUAAUUGAACGAAAUUUGAAAGAAGAUGGUUUGCAAGCCGCUAAGGAUAUCAAACUUCUGUUGCUAGGUGCUGGAGAAUCGGGAAAAAGUACAAUAGUCAAACAAAUGAAAAUUAUUCAUGAAAGUGGUUUCACAUCUGAGGAUUUUAAGCAGUAUAGACCAGUUGUUUACAGUAAUACAAUCCAAUCGCUUGUUGCUAUUUUACGAGCAAUGCCGAACUUAAACAUCAGUUUUGGAAAUAAUGAACGUGAGUGUGAUGCAAAAAUGGUUUUUGAUGUGGUUCAACGAAUGCAUGAUACUGAACCGUUUUCUGAAGAUUUGCUUUUAGCAAUGAAACGGCUAUGGUUAGAUACAGGAGUGCAAGAAUGUUUCUGUAGAAGCAACGAAUAUCAAUUAAAUGACUCUGCAAAAUACUUUUUGGAUGAUUUAGAUCGCUUGGGAGCUAAAGAUUAUCAACCAACAGAACAAGACAUUUUAAGAACAAGAGUUAAAACAACUGGAAUUGUUGAAGUUCAUUUUUCUUUUAAGAACUUAAACUUUAAACUUUUUGACGUUGGUGGGCAGAGAUCUGAGCGAAAGAAAUGGAUCCAUUGUUUUGAAGAUGUAACUGCUAUUAUUUUUUGUGUAGCUAUGUCCGAAUAUGAUCAAGUUCUUCAUGAGGAUGAAACUACAAAUCGAAUGCAGGAAUCUCUUAAGUUGUUUGACUCAAUAUGUAACAAUAAAUGGUUCACAGAUACUUCCAUUAUAUUGUUCUUGAAUAAAAAAGAUUUGUUUGAGGAAAAAAUUCGAAAAUCACCUUUGACGAUAUGUUUUCCCGAGUACACAGGUGGACAGGAAUAUGGAGAAGCUGCAGCAUACAUCCAAGCUCAAUUUGAAGCUAAAAAUAAAUCGACGUCAAAGGAAAUUUAUUGUCACAUGACUUGUGCUACUGACACUAACAAUAUUCAAUUUGUGUUCGAUGCCGUUACAGAUGUUAUUAUAGCAAAUAAUUUGAGGGGAUGUGGUUUAUAUUAGAUACGGAAAUCA